UUUCAUGUACUUCAUGGAAUACAUACAUAUUUUUUCUUUAAAGAUAAUCUGCAGUUUGUGGAAUUUCUUCAGGAUGUUAUUGCCUAAACAGCCCUGACUUUAUUGGACCGUUUCGCUUAUAUACUCCUGGUGAAAGGCAAAAUUUUGGAAUAACAAUUUUCUUCAGACAAAUACAGAGACAAGCAAAUAAAUGUGAAAAUUGUUGGAUGAUAUUACUGUUGGCUAAAUAAGCAUAAUCUGGGCUCUACUAUGCGAUUGCAACUGCUCUCUUUGGUAUUGACAUUGCAAUGUGUGGAAUUCACUAACUGCCAGCAGCACGCCUCCAGUCAGCACAAACAGAUAACUGGGGGGAAUACAGGCUGUCCAGGCGGGUGUCAGACCUGCUCAGAUGACAAUGGCUGCAUGACCUGCAAGCCCCGCCUCUUCUUCUUUGUGGAGAGGAAAGGGAUGAGGGAGAUUGGGGUGUGUCUGCACGCCUGCCCCAGCAGUUACUAUGGUGUCCGCUCCCCUGACAUAAACACAUGCCAAAAAUGCAAGGUGGCCUGUGACUCCUGUUUCAACAUGAACUUCUGCACACGCUGCAGUGCAGGGUAUUAUUUACACUGGGGGAGGUGUCAGAAAAGCUGCCCAGAGGGCCUCUUCCCCAGCGACCCGCAGCGGGAGUGCAUCCCUGACUGUGCUAAGGACUGUGAGACCUGUAUGAACAGCACCACCUGUGCCAGGUGCAGAGUGGGUCUUUACCUCCUGUCUGGAAAGUGUCACCAUGUGUGUCCAGAGGAGUUUGAGACUAACGAUCAGCUCAUGGAGUGCACUCCUCCAGUGCAUUGCGAGGUGGGUGAAUGGGGCAGCUGGAGCCCUUGCUCUCGGAGAGAGAGGACCUGUGGCUUCAAGAGGGGUGAAGAGACCCGCACCAGAGAGGUCCUCCAGCUCCCCUCACCCCGCGGUGACCCCUGUCCCAUCACCUCUGAGAGGAAGAAGUGUGUAAUCACAAGGAAGAAGUGUCCAGGGAGACAGAAAGGAGGAGAGCAGAAGGAUGUCACCAAUGGAGGGGACAGGGAGUCUGAGGCGAGUUGGCAUGACCAGGGGGACAGAGAAAUGGAGACCCAGGACAGUGGGCAGGAUCAAGGGAAUGCAGAAAAGAAGGCGGAGGAUGAUACAGAGAACUGGGAACUGGUAACAAAGCAUCCAAACUAGAGACCCAGACAGACCAACAGGAAUCACUAUACAUUAACAACCUCCACAAUACUGUG